AUGUGGACGUGGACGUGGACGUGGGUGGGCGUGGACGUGGACAUGGACGUGGACGUGGACGUGGACGUGGACAAGGACGUGGACGUGGACGUGGACGUGGACGUGGACGUGGACGUUGACGUGGACGUGGACGUGGACGUGGACGUGGACGUGGAAGUUGACGUGGACGUGGACGUGGACGUGGACGUGGACCUGGACGUGGACGUGGACGUGGACGUGGACGUGGACAUGGACGUGGACGUGGACGUGGACGUGGACGUGGACGUGGACGUGGACGUUGACGUGGACGUGGACGUGGACGUGGACGUGGACGUCGACGAGGACGUCGACGUGGACGUGGACGUGGACUUGGACGUGGACUUGGACGUGGACGUGGACGUGGACGUGGACGUGGACGUUGACGUGGACGUUGACGUGGACGUGGACGUGGACGUCGACGUGGACGUGGACCUGGACGUGGAGGUGGACGUGGACGUGGACGUGGACGUUGACGUGGACGUUGACGUGGACGUGGACGUGGACAUGGACGUGGACGUGGACGUGGACGUGGACGUGGACAUGGACCAGGACGUGGACGUGGACGUAUACAUGGACAUGGACAUGGACGUGGACAUGGACGUGGACGUGGAUGUGGACCUGGACGUGGACAUGGACGUGGACGUGGACGUGGACAUGGACCAGGACGUGGACGUGGACGUGGACGUGGACAUGGACGGGGAGGUGGACGCGGACGUGGACGUGGACGUGGACAUGGACAUGGACGUGGACGCGGACGUGGACGUGGACGGGGAUGUGGACGCGGACGUGGACGUGGACGGGGACGUGGACGUGGACGUGGACGUGGACAUGGAGGUGGACGUGGACGUGGUCGUGCACGUGGACGUGGACGUGGACGUGGAUGUGGUCGUGGACGUGGAUGUGGUCGCGGACGUGGACGUGGACGUGGUCGUGGACGUGGACGUGGACGUGGUCGUGGACGUGGACGUGGACAUGGACGUGGACAUGGACUGGACAUGGACGCGGACGUGGACGUGGACGGGGAUGUAUACGAGGACGUGGACGUGGACGUGGACGUGGACAUGGACGUGGACGUGGACGUGGACGCGGACGUGGACGUUGACGGGGAUGCGGACGUGGACGUGGACGGGGAUGUGGACGUGGACGUGGACGUGGGUGGGCGUGGACGUGGACAUGGACGUGGACGUGGACGUGGACGUGGACAAGGACGUGGACGUGGACGUGGACGUGGACGUUGACGUGGACGUGGACGUGGACGUGGACGUGGACGUGGACGUGGAAGUUGACGUGGACGUGGACGUGGACGUGGACGUGGACCUGGACGUGGACGUGGACGUGGACGUGGACGUGGACAUGGACGUGGACGUGGACGUGGACGUGGACGUGGACGUUGACGUGGACGUGGACGUGGACGAGGACGUGGACGUCGACGAGGACGUCGACGUGGACGUGGACGUGGACUUGGACGUGGACUUGGACGUGGACGUGGACGUGGACGUGGACGUGGACGUGGACGUUGACGUGGACGUUGACGUGGACGUGGACGUGGACGUUGACGUGGACGUGGACCUGGACGUGGAGGUGGACGUGGACGUGGACGUGGACGUUGACGUGGACGUUGACGUGGACGUGGACGUGGACAUGGACGUGGACGUGGACGUGGACGUGGACGUGGACAUGGACCAGGACGUGGACGUGGACGUAUAUAUGGACAUGGACAUGGACGUGGACAUGGACGUGGACGUGGACGUGGACCUGGACGUGGACAUGGACGUGGACGUGGACGUGGACAUGGACCAGGACGUGGACGUGGACGUGGACGUGGACAUGGACGGGGAGGUGGACGCGGACGUGGACGUGGACGUGGACGUGGACAUGGACAUGGACGUGGACGCGGACGUGGACGUGGACGGGGAUGUGGACGCGGACGUGGACGUGGACGGGGACGUGGACGUGGACGUGGACGUGGACAUGGAGGUGGACGUGGACGUGGUCGUGGACGUGGACGUGGACAUGGACGUGGAUGUGGUCGUGGACGUGGAUGUGGUCGUGGACGUGGACGUGGACGUGGUCGUGGACAUGGACGUGGACGUGGUCGUGGACGUGGACGUGGACAUGGACGUGGACAUGGACGUGGACAUGGACGUGGAGGGACGUGGACAUGGAAGUGGACAUGGACGUGGACGCGGAAGUGGACAUGGACGCGGACGUGGACGUGGACGGGGAUGUGGACGUGGACGUGGACGUGGACGUGGACAUGGACGUGGACGUGGACGUGGACGCGGACGUGGACGUUGA